CUCACGGGGCUGAGACGUCAGCUUUGCAUGGCAGCCUCCAGGAAGCGCUGAGGUGCGAGCGGGGCAGGGAAGGAUCAGGCACUACCAAGUUAAUGAAGAGCAAGAGAAGAGCAGAAUAGUGUUUGUGCUCUCCAAGGCUGGGAAAUUUGGGGUUCUGAAGGAAGACUACCCAGGACAGGAGUAUGGCUCCGAAGAUCACUACAGAACUGCUUCGGCAGCUUCGGCAGGCAAUGAGGAACUCCACAUAUGUGCCAGAGCCAAUCCAGGCCUACAUCGUGCCCUCGGGAGAUGCGCAUCAGAGUGAGUACAUUGCACCUUGUGAUUGCCGAAGAGAGUUCAUCUGUGGGUUUGAUGGCUCAGCAGGAACCGCCAUUGUAACGGAGCAAGAUGCAGCCAUGUGGACAGACGGACGCUAUUUUCUGCAGGCUGCUCAGCAAAUGGAUCCCAACUGGACACUCAUGAAAAUGGGUCUAAAGGACACUCCCACGCAGGAGGACUGGCUUGUGAGUGUUCUCCCCGAGGGUUCCAAAGUUGGAGUGGAUCCAUUCAUCAUUCCAGCAGAUCAAUGGAAGAGGAUGUCCAAAGUGCUGAAAAGUGCUGGCCAUGCUCUUGUGCCGGUCAAAGACAAUCUCAUCGAUGCCGUAUGGGCGGCUCGACUGCCACGGCCUUGCAAACCCCUGAUGACACUGGGCCUGAGCUACACAGGGGUAAGCUGGAAAGACAAGAUCACCGCUCUGCGGGGGAAAAUGGCUGAGAGGAAGGCUCCCUGGUUUGUGGUGACAGCCUUGGACGAAGUGGCUUGGCUCUUUAAUCUCAGAGGCUCUGACGUUGAAUACAAUCCAGUGUUUUUUGCGUAUGCCAUCAUAGGGACCAAUACGAUCAGGUUGUUUAUCGACGGCAAUCGCAUGGCAGACCCCGAAGUGAGAGCACAUCUGUCGCUGGAUUCUGCUCAGGACACUGACUCGAGCAUCCAAGUGCUGCCAUACGACUCCAUCCUGACGGUUCUGAAAUCCAUCUGCGACAGCCUGUCUCCUCACGAGAAGGUUUGGCUCAGUGACAAAGCCAGCUAUGCCCUGACCCAGGCUAUCCCCAAGGACCACCGUUACCUCAGCCCUUACACUCCCAUCUGUAUUGCAAAAGCUGUGAAGAAUGCGUCGGAGGCAGAUGGCAUGAGGAAGGCUCAUAUUAAGGAUGCUGUCGCUCUGUGUGAACUAUUUAAUUGGCUGGAGAAGGAGGUUUCCAAAGGCAACAUUACUGAAAUAACAGCUGCAGAUAAAGCAGAGGAGUUCCGUAGCCAGCAAGAGAACUUCGUUGACUUGAGCUUUGCGACCAUUUCAAGUACGGGCCCAAAUGGUGCUAUCAUUCACUACAAGCCUGCUCCUGAGACAAACAGGACUUUGUCCCUGCAUGAGAUCUACCUCCUGGAUUCUGGUGCUCAGUACAAAGAUGGAACCACAGAUGUGACAAGGACUAUGCAUUUUGGCGCCCCAUCAGCAUAUGAAAAGGAGUGUUUUACCUAUGUGCUGAAGGGCCACAUAGCUGUCAGUGCAGCGGUAUUCCCCAAUGGGACCAAAGGUCACCUCCUGGACUCGUUUGCCCGGUCUGCACUGUGGGAUCAAGGCCUAGAUUACCUGCAUGGCACAGGACAUGGAGUUGGCGCUUUCCUAAAUGUCCAUGAAGGUCCAUGUGGCAUUAGCUAUAAAACCUUUGCAGAUGAACCUCUGGAAGCUGGGAUGAUAGUUUCUGAUGAACCUGGUUAUUAUGAGGAUGGCUCUUUUGGGAUCCGAAUAGAAAACGUUGUCAUUGUAAUUCCUGCUAAAACGAAGUAUAACUUCAGUAACAGAGGGAGUUUGACUUUUGAACCUUUGACCCUGGUUCCGAUCCAGACCAAAAUGAUACAUGUUCCUUUGCUGACUCAAAAAGAGUGCGACUGGGUGAAUGACUACCACAGAAAAUGCAGAGAAGUGGUCGGGGCAGAACUCGAACGACAAGGACGCCAUGAAGCUCUCCAGUGGCUCAUUAGGGAAACGGAGCCAAUCUCCAAAAUACAUUAACAGCAGUGUUCGGGUCUCUUUUUAAGUAAUUCCUUUUUGAAAUUGCAAGCACAGGACUGGUUCAGCUUUACAAUAUUAUACUUGGUACCAUGCCGGAGGGUGCAGGGCUGGGGGAGAAUGUGAAAAUACUUUCAUAACGAUCUGGAGAAAUAGAAGAGACAGUAGGGCCAGGGGAGGGGGAGAAAUUUCGAGGGAGGAUUUCUUCCCUCGGGACUCUUUCUCGAUAAUGAACAAAAAUAAAAUCAGAGCUAUGAAAACGACGUAUUUACAUCAGCCUUCCCCAACCUGGCACCCGCCAGAUGUUUUGGACUACAAUUCCCAUCUGCCCCAGCCAGCAUGGCCAGGUUUGGGAAAGCUGCUUUAUGGAGAGAGGGUGGGUCAGUGGGGAAGGACACCUGGUCACCGUUCAAAUUCACUGAUUCAGGUGAUUGGAUUCCAUUGUUUUAUGCGAACUUCACGCCUGACCAAACUAGCUGGGAGUUGGAGAACCUAUUAUGGUAUAAGUUGAUCCUGCCAAGUGAUAACAGAAGAGUGUUUCUGUGCAUAGGGUGCAGAUGUGUGGUAAAAUAGUCAUCCGUAUGGAAUCUAGGUGUCAUCACGACCAUCCAUUGAGAGGUUUCGAAGACUUGCUUUUUUGCAUUCCACGCUGUUUAAGAAAUGCAGCUGGGAGUGAGUUCACGUGGGCGUGUUUAUCAUUUGGAGACUGCACCAUCAAGUGGUACCUUGCAUCUCUGAAACAUCCAUCACACAUCAAACACCCACACGGCACAGUCCUGUGCAUGUCUACUUUGAAGUAAGUCCCACUGUGUUCAAUGGGUCUUACUCCCAAAAGGAUUGCAGCCACAGCGAAGAGCAUUCAGAUUGCCUCGUGUCAUUUCUACUUCUCACCCUUAGACAAAAUGAUUUUCAAUGGAUGCAGUUCACAAGUGCAGCUGUGUGUCAAAGAGCAAUAAGUCACGGAAAGGGGUGCUUGUUUCUGUGCACUGGCCCUGACUUCGUAACUUGCUUCUUGUGAAAUUGUUUUGGACCUAUGUAUGAAUACCUGCCUUAUUAAAGCGUGCAAUGUAACACAAAAUGA